UUUCUGUUUGAUGGCCUCCUCAAGUGGGAAAGGUGAAAAAACGUCUAAAUUUGAGACUUUGAAACUUUUGGAGAAAUGCAGCAAGGAACGAGACGACGCCAUGCACAGGGAGAGCGCUCUCAGGGAGAAGCUGCGGCAGUACGAGUCAAGAUGGCGCUCUACCGAUGCUGUGAGGCAGAAACUGAAGACCUUCACCGUGGACAACAAGGAGCUGAGGAAACAAGUGAAGGCUCUUCGCACUGAGAUCGGACUUGAGUGCAGCCCCAAGUUCAACGGCAAGACCACGAAGGACAUAAUCAAUGACCUGCACGAGAAGGAGCGUGACUGCAGCUGCUUGGUGGAGAAGGCCGGGAAGCUGAGCCUGACCAUCGACGAGUUGACCUCAGAGUUGGCGAAUACGGUCACUUCUAAAACUCUGUUGGAAGACCAGGUCCAGUCGCUGCAGCAGAACCUCAAGGACAUGACCAACAAUCAGCGGCGUCUGCUGAAGUUGUGGGAAGACAAGAAGGCGCAGAGGGAGCAGCUGGCCCUGCCGGCCAUCGCACAAAGGCCCGUGCAGAAACCAUUUGUCGACAAAGCAACGCAAACCGACAUGUCCAUCGGCUCGUCCCAGAAGCUCCCGGUCAACGCUUUCGAGACCAAGCCGUUCACCCGGGACAACGACAAAAAGACUCUUUAUGAUAAACACACUUUCCCAUCGUAUGCCAACGGCUAUCAGCACGACAAGAAGUCUUUCGUGUACGAUGACACGAAAGGGAUUCAGAACUGAAAGAGAUACAGCCCAUAACACUCUGCUUUUUAGAAAUUGAAGCAAAUUGGUUAAUGUU